UCUUGGUCGAAAAAGAAGGCUAGGGCCUCUGAAAGACAGCGUUGCCACGGAAGGUUCCGCUCUAAUGGAUAUGCUCGACCGUACGGUACUUCCUCAGGAUCGCCCCUCCCUCGGCUAACCGGCUUCAUCCUCCGUCCGAAGGGGCUUUGUUUACCAUUGGCUUCGGGCCGAUCAACAGCCCGCUGUGACUCUUCGCCCGUCCUGUUGCGCACAUUGGGAAUACGGCUGAAAAGAUGACUGUAAGAUUACUCUGGUUUGGAGAAAUACUCCUGAUUUGCUUUCUCAAUGUAACUGCUCUAAAGAACAAAAUUAUCGAUGUCGAAAGCGCAUGUUCAGAAGAGGUCGUCAACGUGACGAUGCGUUUUGAAAACAGCUUCUCUGGGGUGAUCAAUUCCAAAGGCACAGAUUGUCUCAAUAAAAAAGCCUCUGGCGACAAAACUGUCUCUUUUUCAUUGGAUCCAAAAAUCUGUUCAAUGAGAAUAUACAAGGAAAAUGGGAUGUUAUGGUACAGCGGUUCUCUCCAAGUCCAAAUGUCAGAGACAGUCCAACAGGCAACCGACCCGACAAUUUUAGUCAAGUGCUCACUUGGAACCAGUUUGCUGGCAAUACAUACCAAAAACCAAAGGACUGGCAGAAUGAUGGGCAACGCAGGCAAGUAUGCCUCCGGUCGAGCAUGGCUUGAAGUAAGAGGCUCGGCUAUAUCGACAUUCAGCCCAUCAAACUCACUCAGCGUUGGCGAGCACACUACUCUCUCUGUAUACACUUCUUUACAAGAUGGCGUUGUUGGAAAACCAGUCGACUGUAAGGUAAAGGAUGGACGUGGAGGCUCUCAGAGUCUGACUGAUGACCGAGGCUGCACAACAGAUGCUGGGUUGGUGCCAGCGCUCAAGAUGGUCGAACAGGGCCAUUGGGAGACCGCAUUCCCUGCAUUUUCAUUUCCAGACACUCAGCUCGUCCACUUCACCUGCAUGCUCAUGAUAUGCUCUGGCAACUGUCCUCAGUAUGACUGCAGUGAGAAUGUAAACAAUACGAGGAACAGUCGAGAUUUCCAGGAGGACAGCAUCCUUGAUUUUGUCGAGCUGUACAACAGCGUUGAAGUGACAGCUCCAAACAUCGAGCUUAGCUACCUUCGAAAGGACAUCACAGAACAGCCGCAAGCUUUGAACGGGAACGAGGGUUGGAUCUGCUUGUCUGGGCCGAGGGUGGCCUUGAUUUUCGCCACCCUCGGUGCGCUCUUCCUCAUCGCCGUUUUGGCCACGCUGCUCCUCCUCAUCAGGCACAGGAGGAAGUACUUACAGCGACAUCCUUACGGCCUGUAUUCUUAACCACUGACCCGAGGAUGUCCGGUGGUCUUCGACCUUGUAUUUUGGUGGUGAAUAGAUCGAAAUCGUCGGAAUCCGAACUGUCCUUGUGGUCGGUCGCUUCAACUAGAGAUUCUUUUUUU